AUGAAGUCCAAACGUGCAUGGCAACAGCGACAAUUCACGCAAGUUCCAGCACCCGUCAAGUGUAAUAGCUACCGCGAUCGACAUCAUGAGGAAGAAUGCUUAAAACUGUUUGAAUCAUGUAAAAAAGGUGAUUUAUCGGUCGUAUCAGAACUGCUUAAACCUGGAACAGUAAAUCAGCCUGAUCUGAACAAUCGUCAUUUAUCGCCGUUACAUUAUGCAGCCGGUUUCGGGAGAGUAGAUUGUGUUCGAGCGUUGCUUGCAGCUGGUGCAAAUAUAAGCCAGGUCGAUGAUAGUGGUUUAGUACCGUUACAUAACGCUUCCUCUUUUGGCCACAUCGACGUGGUUAAAAUUUUGCUAGAAAAUGGUGCUGACACGAAUGUAAGCGAUCACUGGGGAUUUACACCACUUCAUGAAGCAGCUACAUGGGGAAAAGCUGAUGUUUGUGUCCUUCUGCUGCAACAUGGUGCUUCAGCACGGAUAGAAAAUUUGGAUGGUAGGACACCGCAAGACGUAGCUGACGGUGAUGCUAAAGCUGUUUUUACAGGUGACUACAGAAAAGACGAGUUAUUGGAAGCAGCAAAGAAUGGAGAUGAGGAAAGCUUACUGUCUUGUUUAACACCCUUCAAUGUUAAUUGUCAUGCAGCUACUGGGCGAAAGUCAACGCCUUUACAUUUGGCUUGUGGUUAUAAUCGAGUAAAAGCAGUUAAAAUCUUGUUGGAAAAAGGUGCCGAUGUUCAGGCUAUAGAUAUUGGAGGCUUAGUACCACUUCAUAAUGCGUCUUCAUUUGGACAUUUGGAAGUGGUCAGUUUAUUGCUGGAAGCAGGUGCUGAUUCACAAGCUGAAGAUUUGUGGAAUUUUACUCCACUUCAUGAGUCUGCAAGUAAAGGACGUCUCGAGGUGGUGAGAUUGCUGGCAGCUAGUGGAGCGGAUCCAACGCGCAAAAUUGGCAGUGCAAAAGCACCCAUCGAAUAUAUAACUGAUGAAGAUGCUAAAAAAGAAGUACUUCAUGAAUAUGCGGGUUAUAAAAUUUAUGUGGCUGCACAAAUUGGUGAUAUUCUUAUGCUGAAGAACCUACUAGCCAAUCGAAAUCCUAAUUAUAUGCAUCCCUGUCUGAAGGAGACUCCACUACAUGCAGUUGCAGGCUCAACUCAUCAGAGAAGAAAAGUAAUUGCUGAAAUGCUUCUGAAAAACGGCUGUCCUACUGGUGUCCUGAACAAAGACGGUUUUUCUGCGCUGCAUAUUGCGACAAAAAUGUGUUCAUACGAUGUAAUGGAAAUACUGAUAAAUUGGGGCGUUAAUAUUAGUGAAUUAAAUAGCUGCGGUCAGACAGCACUCCAUAUUGCAGCCGAAAAAGGCGAUAUUGAUUUGUGCAAACGACUGCUAAACUAUGGCUUACCAACCGAUUUGAAAGAUAAUGAACAAAAAACAGCAGCUGAUAUCGCGGGAAAUAUUGAAAUUAGAGAUUUAAUCAGUCGUUGGGGCCUAGAAAAAACAAAUGCCAUAGAAAAGCGCUGCAAAGGGAACAAAAGUAUAAAAUGUAAUAAGCGAAAAGGAGGCUGUAAAUACCAUCCUGAAAGCCGAAAUCAUGGUAGUGGUUCUGGAGGUAGUGCGCUGUCAAAUAAGCUUGAAGCAGCAGAUGUGCACUGCACUGUUUUACAACGAGAGGUGCAAAAGAGACAUCCAGAAGAAGAAGAUUUACUAGAUGCUGCAAGAUGCGGUGAUCUCUGUACAGUAAAGCGCAUAAUUGAAAGCUGUGGAACAGAAAUUAUAAACUGUAAAGAUUUUGAUGGUCGUGAAUCAACACCAUUACAUUUUGCUGCUGGAUAUAAUCGGGUAGAAGUGCUGAAGUAUUUGCUAGAAAAGGGCGCUAAUGUUGAAGCAAGAGACACAGGUUGGUUGGUUCCGUUGCAUAAUGCGUGUGCAUAUGGCCACUUGGUUGUUGCAGAAUUACUUGUAAAGCAUGGCGCUAAUUUAAAUGCCAUCGAUAAGUGGGGAUAUACUCCUUUACACGAAGCUGCGUUAAAAGGGAAGUUUGACGUCUGUAAACUUCUUCUUCUUAGUGGUGCUGACCCGAAGCAUAAAGGACGCGAUGGCAAGAGUCCAUUGGAUGUUGUCAGAGAAGGGGCGGAAGAUGUGUAUAAUCUUCUGCGUGGUGAUGAAGCGGUGCUUGAGGCAGCGAAAGAAGGUGAUGUUGAAAAAAUUCGAAAAAUCGUUAUUCCAGCAACUGUUAAUUGUCGCGAUGUUCGAGGACGUCUUUCAACACCAUUGCAUUUGGCUGCUGGCUAUAAUAAUUUGGAAGUUGUGCAAUUUUUGCUUGAAAAUGGCGCAGAAGUUAAUUUGAAAGAUAAAGGUGGUCUGAUACCUUUACACAAUGCAAGCAGUUUUGGACAUCUGGAGAUUGCCGCCUUGUUAAUUGAAUAUGGAGCCGAAGUGAAUCAUCCUGAUAAAUGGGGAUAUACUCCUCUGCAUGAAGCUGCUCAGAAAGGUCGUACUCAGAUUUGUUCACUACUUCUAAAUAAUGGUGCAGAUGUUACACUGAAAAAUAACGAAGGUGUUACUGCGCUGGAUAUCACUAUUAUGGAAGACACGAAGGAAUUAUUGAUGAGUGCAGUGCCGGUUGAUCUGAAAAAAUUACCAGCUGUCCAUAUUGUGGAUGAUACAAGUGGAUCAGUAGUUGAUUUAACAAUUUCAUCUUUUGUGCGGGAAAUUUCGAAUAAUGCAGUUGAUGAUAUGCAAUUAGGGAUGGUCAGUUGUUCGAGAAAUGAUGCAAGUUUAGGGGAUAAAAAACGAGAGUGUAACGAGUAUGAAGCAAACUUUUCUAUGGAAGAAUAUUUGCUAUCGAUUGGUCUUAGUUCGCUGUCGAAUCUGUUUGCUAAGGAAAAAAUUACAUUAGAUGUUCUGGCCAUUAUGACACAUGAUGAUUUGAAAGCGAUCGGUAUUGAUGCUUUCGGAACUCGAUUUCGAUUACUCAAGAACAUUGGAAAAUACAUACGGAAAAGUAAUGAAGAUAGGAAUUCGCCGAGUAAUAUUCAGGUACCAGUAUCAGUGGGUACAGUGCUGGUACAAAUCGAGCGUUCAAAUGAAAUCUUCCAACAAAUUGAAGAAGGAUUGAAUUUUACAAUUGUAUCACACCGAGAUCUUGGUUUGGGCGGAACUUACACCAAGUUUGAAGUGAUCGAAAUACAGAAAAUUAUUAACAAAAGAAUUUACGAAAGAUAUGUACGACGUCGCGGAGAUAUAGCUGAAGAGAACUGUGGUGAGCAUAACGAGAAGUUUUUAUAUCAUGGAUCACCGUUUAUACACUCCAUAGUACAGAAAGGUUUCGAUGAAAGAUAUUCAUAUAUGGGUGGUAUGUUUGGUGCUGGUAUUUAUUUUGCGGAACAUUCGAGCAAAAGUAAUCAAUAUGUAUUUGGUAUGGCAGGUAGUGGUUGCAGUCUUCACCAUGAUCGUUCUUGUUAUAUUUGUGCACGACAUUUAUUACUUUGCCGAGUGACGUUAGGAAAAUGUUUUGUACAGAGUUCUUGUAACAAAAUGGCACAUUCACCACCUGGUCAUCAUUCAGUGAUGGGGCAGCCGCGUGUUGGUGGUUUAAAUUAUCCGGAAUAUGUCAUAUAUAGAGGGGAGCAAGCUUAUCCGGAAUAUGUGAUCGUUUAUCGGAUAGUUAAUGACAAUUUGGGGCCUCCUUUCUAAUGGUUGUUUCAUUUUUCUUCACUUUGAUCAUUUUCAUUUUUUUCUCUAUACAGUUGAAAGAUUUUU